AUGUCCCACAACAACUACACCUUCGUCGUCGAGCAUCUCGACCCUGAACUUGGCCCUUGGUCCGCCCUGGAGUAUAAGACCAUCGCACAAGAAUCACGACAAGCUGGCUGCCACUUCAUCCUAUCUUCUCUUCCUCAAUCCCUCCUCGACUCACGGGAUCUGAGGGAUCUAGUAACGCUGGGCGCAGAGGCUAGGUCUGAAAGCAUUGAGACGUAUUUCUCGAGUAAGAAGGACAAGAUUUGUCUGCUCGAUCCAGCCGCCAAGCAGGAAAUGCAUCCUGCCGAUGCCGCGGAAUUUGAUGUCUUCGUAUUUGGUGGCAUUUUAGGAGAUGACCCUCCCCGAGAUCGCACCAGCGAGUUGCGAAAGAAGGGCUUUUCCGGCCGCCGCCUUGGUCCUGUACAGAUGACUACAGACACAGCCGUCAGAGUUACGCGGAUGGUUAUCCUUGACCAAAUUUCCCUCGAUAAGAUCCCUUAUGUCGACUUUCCGGAGCUGAAGGUGGAUGAGCAUGAAUUCACAGAGAUGCCUUUCCGAUAUGUCAAAGAUAAUUAUGGCAAGCCGGUCAUGCCUGAGGGGAUGGUCGAACUCAUCAAAGCAGACGCUGACAAAGCCUUCGAUGAUCUGGAGUUCGUGGACGAAGUCGACGGCAUUGAUCAGCUGGAAGUUGGCAAGCAUUGA